CGUCACUCCAUGUAGCCUAGCUUAACAACUGUGUCGUCGAGUUUAGCUUCCAGCAGACAACAACUGUGUCGUCGAGUUUAGCUUCCAGCAGACAACAACUGUGUCGUCGAGUUUAGCUUCCAGCAGACAACAACUGUGUCGUCGAGUUUAGCUUCCAGCAGACAACAACUGUGUCGUCAAGUUUAGCUUCCAGCAGACAACAACUGUGUCGUCGAGUUUAGCUUCCAGCAGACAACAACUGUGUCGUCAAGUUUAGCUUCCAGCAGACAACAACUAUGUCGUCGAGUUUAGCUUCCAGCAGACAACAACUGUGUCGUCGAGUUUAGCUUCCAGCAGACAACAACUGUGUCGUCGAGUUUAGCUUCCAGCAGACAACAACUGUGUCGUCGAGUUUAGCUUCCAGCAGACAACAACUGUGUCGUCGAGUUUAGCUUCCAGCAGACAACAACUGUGUCGUCGAGUUUAGCUUCCAGCAGACAACAACUGUGUCGUCGAGCUUAGCUUCCAACAGACAACAACUAUGUCGUCAAGUUUAGCUUCCAGCAGACAACAACUAUGUCGUCAAGUUUAGCUUCCAGCAGACAACAACUGUGUCGUCGAGUUUAGCUUCCAACAGACAACAACUGUGUCGUCAAGUUUAGCUUCCAGCAGACAACAACUGUGUCGUCGAGUUUAGCUUCCAACAGACAACAACUGUGUCGUCGAGUUUAGCUUCCAACAGACAACAACUGUGUCGUCGAGUUUAGCUUCCAACAGACAACAACUGUGUCGUCGAGCUUAGCUUCCAACAGACAACUACUCGCCGCCAUGGCUCACACAGCACAGCCCAGUGCCUUCGACGCCAACAGCCCUCACAUCCAGGUGGAACACGAUAAAAAACGUCGGCAGUUUGUCAUAAGACUGAACGGGUCCCACGAUCGGGCAGUUCUUCUCUAUGAAUACGUGGGGAAGAAGACUGUGGACUUGCAACACACUGAAGUUCCGGAUGCUUACAGAGGGAGAGGGAUCGCCAAACACCUAGCAAAGGCGGCCAUGGACUUUGUGGUGGAAGAAGAUCUGAAGGCCCACCUGACCUGUUGGUACAUUCAGAAGUAUGUCAAAGAGAACCCCCAACCGCAGUACUUUGAGCACAUUUACCAAUGACCCAAGGACCAGGCAGAGAAGGAGCUGCCGGGCAUUGUUAGAAGAAACUUGAACGCUGGGGAAAGUGUUCACGUCCGUCCACCACAAGAGGGCUGAAGCAGGACGCCAACCACCUGGACCGUGUUCAUUCCAUGGAACGCUUCCCCAUGUAAAUACCAUGUCCUCAAAGGAAUGGGAGUGGUAUUUCCUUGGCAUGUUUCUCUCCGUUGUGUUGAUUCCAAAUACCGUCAGUCCAUGUGAUGCAGGACAAGUUCAAACAAUUUAGCCAUAAAUUGUCAAACCUCACGACUUGAAAGACUAGAUAAACCCAUGUCCUUCCAGGGGUAGUUGGACAGUCACCUCCUGCCAAAAAGGACAAUAGAGAUUCAAGUCCCCGCCCCCACAUCCGCUUCCUGUCCGCUCAAAUACAGCGUCUCAACUCGAACCGACCCAAAGACUAGUUGUGUUCAAGGACCGCCACAUUAAAACACAGUAGGCCUAAGUAGUCAUUAAAAGCAAGUAUAUUUGGCCACUGUAACAUUACACACAGUGUGAACAGUAACACUGUGUUUGAACAUUCACUUCAGUCAUUCUUUGCUGUACCACUAGAUGGAGCCUGCGUACCUUUUGUUUUCUUGUCAAAACUGUGCUUUGGCUUCACGGGAGCCUUUUUGCUGUUGACAAUCUUAAGUCGUGACGGAGAAACCUCAGGGAAAACACCAGCAGGCGUCUGAGAACUAUGAGAGCCAGUAGGUGCAGUAUGUGUGUGUUCCUUUAAGAGCUCAAUAGGCUCUAUUGUCUGAAUAAAGUCAUCAAGGUGACUUUCACUCAAGUAUUGACUUGCUUUCUAGUCCAAACUUCUUCCAUUUUCAAAACCAAUACAAUAUAUUUCUAAUUGUUUUGUCUUCAGGGCGCCCCUCAAGUUUGGUCCAGAGGACCCGGAAAAGUUUUAGUCAUAAAAAUGUUUUUAGAAAAAUAGGUCAUAUAUAAAAUAAAAUAAAUGUAUUUGACCGCUCAAAUCUAUCUGUCGAUAUGAAGUUGUUGUUUUUUAUGUUAAAACCCUUUUUUGACAUGGAAAAACAAAAUAUGCAAUAUUUUACCCCCCAAAAAGUUUCAAAGUGGAAUAUUUGAUGUGAAGUAAAUAAGUCAAUAAUUCAUUAGUAAAAAAACACUAACACUUGGGAUUAAGUGUUAAAAACAAAAUAUAUGUUUUCACUUUUAAUGCCUAAGUCUUCAGACCAUUGUACUUUUUGAUUGUUUUUUCAUGUUUUUGGCCACCUUUUUGUCAAUAGCAUUUACUUUUUUAUAGCAAACACCCAAAAUGUGCAAUAUCUCCCCCAAAAAAUAUUUCUAAGUGGAAUAUUUGAUGUGAAGUAAAUAAGUCAAUAAUUCAUAAGUUGAAAAAAACACUCAAAUUUGGGGGGAUCCAAAAGGGCCCCACUUCUAAAAGUGUUAAAAACAAAAUAUAUGUUUUCACUUUUAACGCCUAAGUCUUAACCAACUUCAGUACUUUUUGAUUGUUUUUUCCACCUUUUUGUCAAUAACAUUUUGUUUUUUAUGGCAAACACACAAAAUAUGCAAUAUUUUCCUAAAAUGUAAUAUUUGAUGUGAAGAAAUUGGAGCCUUGAAGAGGUCCAUAACAUAUUUUUGGAGCAAUGACAGCUUAAAAGAAAAAAAUUGACAACUUUGUAUUAUUAAAGUCCAAAUUGCUACUUUUUUUGUUACAUUUCACCUGUAUGCUCUAUUAUUCCACUUUUUGAAAAAGACCUUUUGAUGGUAUUUCCUGAAGGUGCCGGGGGGCACACUUUGUGGUUUCUGAAUGAAAAAGUAUAGAAAAUGAGGCACUAGUUGUUUAUUUAAAGGUGACAUUAAAAACCGCAUUCAGCACCGUGCUCAUUUCCAUCUUUAAUAUAUCACGGAAUCCUUUUAAAUGACCAUAAUCACAAGUGUUAAGAAUUUAAUAUUUUCAUAGCCACAGCAUAAAAAACACAUUUUCCACCGUUGGCUGCAUAAUAAACAUUCAAGUUGUGCAAGCGCCAUUUUGAUAUAUAUUUUUUCAUUUAAAAACAAAAUGGUAAAAAUGUAUAUAUUUAAAGACACGACUUUGUGACUAUAUUAUUGAUUAUUAGAACAUUUCAGCUUUUUUAUUUUGUUUAAUGUAAGUUGAGCCAUACUUAUUUUUUGUUAGUUUUCUUUAAUGUUACAUUCCAAUUGUUUGCUCUUUUUUUUGUAAAUUUUUCCUUUUCCUUUCCCCAUGUAAGAAUACAAAUAUUAAUAAGACA